AUGCCAUUGCGCCGUAGUCAUACAAAGUCAAGGAAGGGGUGUUUGGAGUGUAAAAGGAGACAUGUCAAGUGUGACGAGGGCAUUCCAAAAUGUACUCUGUGCAAGAAGCGAAAAUUAGAGUGCAGAUAUCCCCACCCAAAUGAAGGCGAGGACAGUCCUAUGGCAUCAUCCAGCGCCCAGGAUGAAACAGAAAGUGGCACUGUGACCCCACCAAGGGAUUUCCCACUGGCGACACGCUUGCUUGAGACGAGAUUAUUCCACCAGUACCUGACUUCGACAUACCACACUCUGUCGCGGGAUGGACUAUCAGCACACCAUCUCUCCAUGACCAUUCCUCGCAUGGCCGCAUCUUGUCCUUACCUGCUUGACAGCAUCCAUGCAUUUUCAGCCUUACACUUGGCCUCGGUUGAAACUGAUAAUCGGGCUUCAUGGCUGGAUCAUGCCGUGCGAUACCAGAGCCAGGCAUGCGCUGGGUUGAGCAAGGUCCUUCCAGAAAUGUCGCCACAAGAUUAUGAACCAGCAUUUGUCUCAUCCAUCAUCAUAAUGCUUUUCGCCAUUGGAUCUCGAGUAUUGUCUCUUGAAGCUCGACCAUUGGACCCGCUUUUGGUUGUUCUCGAGGCUCGCACGUUGAUAUCUGGCCCCGCCAUGCUUUUUUCCAGGAUAAAAGAAGGUGGAAUUGAUGCACAGCUGGAUGGAUGGCUGUGCGCUCCUGACACACAAGAAAGCCUCGAAAGUGGAAAAAAUGAUCAAGACAUAAUGACGUCGCUGGCUCGGCUUCAUUCGAUAAUUGACACAAGGAAAGGAUCGGAUCAACCGACCUACUGUGCCACAUGGCAGCAGUUGCAGCAGGCCAUCGAGCCGUGGCCAAAAAUUGGACCACAUGGCGGCCCCCUUGCAUGGCCCUUAUUUCUAUCCGACAAAUUUUCCUCACUCCUCCAACAUGGCGACUGGAUUGCCCGAGUUCUGUUUCUGCAUUAUGGCGUAGCUAUGCGUCUCCUAUGCCAUCGAUGGUACGUGCGCGACUGGGGUCGCCGGCUGGUAUGGGCCACACUGCAACAACUGGAUGAGAUCCCUCAGGAUUGGGAGGAGACUAUCUCUUGGAUAAGACGAGCCGCUGCGAGGGAGGAUUAG